AUGGUGGAGGUGGAGAGCGCGAAGGACGCGCAAGGCGGGACGCGCAAGACGACCUUCUUGAAGUGGGUCCCGGCCACGGACGAGCGGGGUGGAGACGUCGAGGCGUCGCCGCGAGGGGCGGAGGGAUGCCCGUACGAGCUCGUGGAGGAGGAGGACUCUAAAGAGGGCGGAUGA